AUGUAUCCUAGUUUAUUCCUUCCUAUCUAUCUAUCUAUCUAUCUAUCUAUCUAUCUAUCUAUCAUAGACCAUUCAUAUAUAUCUCAAUCUCUUCAUGGAAUCUAUCUAUCUAUCUAUCUAUCUAUCUAUCUAUCUAUCUAUAUAGAUAGAAAUAUAAACUGUCAUCAUAUUACUAAUUUCUAUCUAUCUAUCUAUCUAUCUAUCUAUCUAUCUAUCUAUCUAUCUAUCUAUCUAUUAUAUACAUAUAUAUGGUUUUCGGAAAUUCUUUCUGUUUUUUAUACUACCUUAUUUAUUUGUUUACGUCUUUCUUUCCGCCUUCUCUCUAUUUCCAUUUAUCCUGUCUUUCCAGCAAAUAUUAGUCUUUCUUUCCUCUCUUUCUUUAUUUCUUUUUUCAGGUUUCUUUUUCGAAAUUUUUCCACAAUCUUGUUUCGCUCGUUUUCUUCUUUCUUUUCUUUUCCUUUUUAUUUUUAUUCGCAAACUUCUCUCAUUCUUUAUUUCUUUACUUCUUUCUUUUUUCCUUUCUUUAUUUCUUUCUUUUUUCCUUUCUUUACUUCUUUCUUUUUUCCUUUCUUUAUUUCUUUAUUUUUUCCUUUCUUUACUUCUUUCUUUUUUCCUUUCUUUACUUCUUUCUUUUUUCCUUUCUUUAUUUCUUUCUUUUUUCUUUCGUUUUCUACCUUUCGUUCAUUAUUCAGUCUUUUUUCGCAUAUUUUCUCCUUUUCCAUUGUUACCUUUCUUUUUAUAUUUAUUUACAACCUUCGUUUUUCCAGUAGGUUUAUAUCUAUCUAUCUAUCUAUCUAUCUAUCUAUCUAUCUAUCUAUCUAUCACAAGUCUUUAUUUUUCUUUCUUUUCUGUUUCUUAUUUUCUGCAUUCUUUCUUCUCACCUUUGUACUUCAUAUAAUUAUGUCCAUCUUUUACGUCAUUGUUUAUUUCUUUUGUUUUCCUUUCUCCUUACGUCCAUUCCUGCUUUUAUUUCUUCCUUUUUUCUUUAGAUCUUUUUUCUUCCUUCAUUUUUCUUCCGUCCUUUCUUUCUUUUGUCUCUUUUUUCUUUAUAUUUCCUUUCUUUUUUCUUUCAGAUUUCUUUUUCUUUUUUUUUUCAACCUUUCAUUCUUUUAUGUCUAUUUCUCUACUAAUUUAUUAGAACAAGAAAGCAAAGCAUUAAGUAUCUAUCUAUCUAUCUAUCUAUCUAUCUAUCUAAUUUCUAUAUCUAUCUAUCUAUCUAUCUAUCUAAGUAAACUAAUUUCUAUAUCUAUCUAUUUAUCUAAUAAAUUAAUUUCUAUAUCUAUCUAUCUAUCUAUCUAUCUAUCUAUCUCAUCUAUCUAUCUCAGUUCAUUCAUUUCUCUAUCUCGUUAUAAUCUUAUCCCCUACACAGAUACACGCUCCCUCGCACUCUCUCUCUCUCUGUCUGUCUGUCUGUCUCUCUCUCUCUGUCUGUCUGUCUGUCUCUCUCUCUAUGUCUCUCUAGCCCUCUCUCUCUCUCUCUCUCUCUCUCUCUCUGACAUUAUUUACACAAAAUUUGAAAUCCCAACUUACAUUUUUUUUCUCCCUUUUUUCAUAAUCUUUUUUUCUUUUUGCUCCUGUUUUCUCAUUUUCUUUUCUUGCUCCUUUUCCACAUUUUGUUUUUUUCUCCCUUUUCCUCCUUUUUUCGUUUUUUUUCCUUUUUUCUCUCUCCUUUUUCCUCAUUUUUCUUUCUUUUUCCAACUCUUACAUAAAUUAGAUUUUUCAUCCCAAACUGUUCGUGCUGUUUCUAAUUUCAUUUUUCUUUUACAUGCUUAUUUUUUUCAUCUUUUCCAUCUGUUUUUUCCGCCAUCUUCCCCUUCAUUUUUUCCACUUUUCUUAUUUUCUUAUUUUUCUUCGUUUUUUGCUAUCUUUUUACUCAGUUUCUGUUUUUGCUCCUUUUUCUUCAUUUUAAUUUUUUCUUUUUCUUUUUCUCCCUUUUCUUUCCUCCUUUUUCUUCUCCCUUUUCCUCAUUUUCUUUUUCUUUCUUUUUCUCUCUUUUCCUCAUUUUCUUUUCUUGACACUUUUCCCCAUUUUCGUUUUUUUGAUCUUUUUCCCUUCAUUUUCUUUUUGUUUUUUCUACCUUUUCAUCAUUUUUUCUGCUCCCCUUUCCCUCAUUUUCUUUCUUUGGCUCCCUUUUUCCUUCAUCACUGUUUCGUUUAUUUACCCGCGUUUCUUAUAUAUUUUAUUCUUUUUUCAUCUUUGCUUUUUUCUGUCCAUCUUUUUUGA